AUGGCACCCGUGCCAGUGACACAAAGUACUCUGUCCACUCAGGCAAAGGCUUUUUCCCCCGGGGAAGGAGCAAGAGAGAAACCACUGGAGACUGCCUUCAGCCCACACGCCAGCCGGCUCUGUUAUGGCAACCACAGCCCCAGCAUCGUGAUUAGUGGUGAUGAACCAGGUUAUGACCUAGAUUUAUUUUGUAUACCUAAUCAUUAUGCUGAGGAUUUGGAAAAGGUAUUUAUUCCUCUAAUUACAGACAGGACCGAACGGCUAGCUGGAGAUGUGAUGAAGGAGAUGGGAGGCCGUCACAUCGUGGCCCUUUGUGUGCUCAAGGAGGGCUAUAAAUUCUUUGCUGACCUGCUGGAUUACAUCAAAGCACUGAACAGAAAUAGUGAUAGAUCUAUACCUAUGACUGUAGAUUUUAUCAGACUGAAAAGCUACUGUAAUGACCAGUCAACAGGUGACAUAAAAGUAAUUGGUGGAGAUGAUCUCUCAACUUUAACUGGAAAGAAUGUCUUGAUUGUUGAAGAUAUGAUUGGCACUGGCAAAGCAAUGCAAACCUUGCUUUCCUUGGCCAAGCAGCAUAAUCCAAAGAUGGUCAAGGUUGCAAACUUGCUGGUGAAAAGGACCCCUCAAAGUGUUGGAUAUAGACCAGAUUUUGUUGGAUUUGAAAUUCCAGACAAGUUUGUUGUAGGAUAUGCCCUUGACUAUAAUAAAUACUUCAGGGAUUUGAAUCAUGUUUGUGUCAUUAUCAAAACUGGAAAAGCAAAAUACAAAGCCUAA